UAAGAAAGCGGGAGACUACUUAUCUUAAACGUAAAAGCUCCCCCUGGAUUUAUUAUUAUUAUUAUUAUUAUCAUUUAGAAUUUGAGAUUUUGAUUGAUUUCUGCAAUACCCAAUGGACGAAGCUUCAAUGGGUUCAUCAGCAGCGAUUCCGGCGGCGGCGUUGUUCUCUUCCAACUCCUUUCUCAGCGAUGCAACCGGAGUUGCAGGAAAUGUGUUGGCAUUUGUGUUGUUUGUCUCACCCAUUCCUACAUUCAGGAGAAUUAUGAGAAACAAAUCAACAGAGCAAUUCUCAGGAUUGCCUUACAUAUAUUCACUCAUGAACUGUUUGAUAUGUUUAUGGUAUGGUAUGCCAAUUGUAACACCUGGUAUUAUUUUGGUCGCAACUGUCAAUACUGUCGGGGCUGUCUUCCAGUUAACCUAUACCACCAUAUUCAUCAUCUUCGCAGACAGAUCCAAAAGGGUGAAGAUGUUGGGACUGUUGUUUGCAGUUUUUUCUGUGUUCCUUAUCAUAAUAGUCUUGAGUUUGAAAGUAUUUGAUCCUUUAGGCAGACAAUUGUUUGUCGGGUACUUGAGUGUGGCUUCUCUCGUAUCGAUGUUUGCUUCUCCACUUUCUGUCAUUAAUAUAGUGAUAAAGACUAGUAGUGUUGAGUUCAUGCCAUUCUAUCUUUCUCUCUCGACGUUUUUGAUGAGCGUGUCUUUCUUUGCGUAUGGAAUGUUGAAGUAUGAUGCUUUCAUCUAUGUACCGAAUGGAAUUGGCGCAGUUUUGGGAGUCAUACAGCUAGGCUUGUAUUAUUACUACUACAGCAAAAGAGCAAGACCGGACCAAAAUGCGUCGAGCCAAUCUUUUCUCCAGACCUAUGUUUCUGAUUGAUCUUAAUAUGACUUGAGAGACAGAAUAUUUAUAAAUCAACCUUAAAUUUAUGCAAUUAAUUAAAGUAAGACAAACAAACAGUAGUUGUAGUACUAGAAUUAGACAAUUGAUUGAUUGUUGUUGAUGAGCUUCAUGUUCUCCAAGAAAGCCUUUCCAUUUAAUCUACGAGAAAAGAAUUCCUU